AUGGCACCUCUCGCAAAGUCCCUGGCCUUGGCCUCUCUUCUCGCUGCGCCCGCCAUGGCCGCCGUCACCUCGCGCCCCCAGCUCGAGGUGAGGCAGUACCAGGACCCCAACUCGCCGCUCGUCAUCAACGAGCCCUCGUGCGACUUCCACCAGUGCAUCAUCUACUGGGUGCCCGGUAGCCAGGUCGCCGUCAACUGGAUCAACCCGACGCAGGGCACGGUUCAGGUCGACCUCAUGACCAACAACAACUCGGACGUCGCCUACAACGUCGGCACCUACCCUGCCACCUCCAACACGUGCGAUGCCGGCGCCGGCUACGGCCAGCCUGGUCCCAACGGUGCGCAGUGUGGUGGCUUUGUCUUCUCCGUGCCCAGCUCGUGGAAUGCCGGGAAUUACUCGGCUCUCCGCGCCAUGUCGGUGCAGGACCAGAACCUCCAGUCGUACACGGACAAGAUCUACAUCACCCAGAACGACACCACCUCCAAGAACGCCCCCUUCUCCAUCGUCAGUGGAUCCAGCGCAGGCACUGCUUCGGCAACGUCUGGCUCUUCCACCGCUGCACCCGCUUCCACUACUGGCAGCUCGAGUGCUGGUCCCACCGGCAGCUCGUCGCGUGGCUCGGCUAGCAUGACGGCGUCCAGCACGAGCGGUCGUACCUCGUCCACCGGCACCCCCGCUACCAACGCUGCCCUCUCUAACAACGCCGGUACCCUCGCCUUCACCCUGACAUCCGCUUUCGCUAACAAGCUCUCUCACUGCUCCAACGCUCUUUUGGGCCCCGCACAUCCUCCGUUCCUCGACGGUCCGCACUGUCACUGUUCCUCACCACGAGCUGCUGCCUUCGGCUCGUCGCAUACCGUACCGCUUGGCCACACCGCCCCUGCUCCUCUAGCGUCAACAACGGAAGGCAUCGUUACUUCGCCUCUCGCCUCGACCUCGCUUGUCCCAGCCUUGGCCGCUCGCCACAUCGACAAGCUCAGCAUGGCCGCCAGAAGCGAGACCGAGCAGCAGGAUGCGGGUCCCGACCCGAUCCUGCUGUCACUCUUCGCCAAUCGCUUCAUGUCGGUCGCCGAAUCGAUGGGCAAGUCGCUGCAGCAGACUUCCAUCUCCACCAACAUCAAAGAGCGACUCGACUUCUCCUGCGCACUCUUCAGCCCCGACGGCUCGCUCGUCGCCAACGCACCCCACCUGCCCGUCCACCUCGGAUCCAUGUCGUUUGCCGUCAAGUUUCAGGUGGACUACCUCGCCUCGAUCGGCGAAAAGAUGAAGCGCGGCGAUGUGAUCAUGGCCAACAUGCCCGUAGCGGGCGGUUCACACUUGCCGGACAUUACCUGCAUUACGCCCUGCCACGCUGCUGACUCGGACGAGAUCAUCUUCUUCUGCGCCAGCCGUGGACAUCACGCCGACAUUGGUGGCAUCACCGCCGGAUCCAUGCCUCCCACCUCCAAGACGCUGUUCGAAGAGGGCGCGCGCAUCAAGUCGUUCAAGAUCGUCAGCGAGGGCAACUUUGAUCGCAAGGGCCUCGAGCGGUACAUGCUUGAAGAACCCGCCCAGUACCCGGGCUGCUCGGGCACGCGCUGCUUCCGCGACGUCGAAAGUGACCUGCAGGCGCAGAUCGCUGCCAACCAAAAGGGCAUCAACCUCAUCCACUCGCUCGUCGCCGAAUGGGGCCUCGAUAUGGUGCAGCGCUACAUGGAGUACAUCCGCACCAACGCCGAGAUGGCGGUGCGCUCGCUGCUCAAGGACGUGGCCAAGCGCAUGGGCACCAACAGGCUGCAUGCACUCGAGCACAUGGACGACGGAACGCCCAUCGAGCUCAACGUCGACAUCAACGCGGAGGAAGGAUCAGCAGUGUUCGAUUUUGAAGGAACGGGCCCAGAGGUGGCGGCCAACUUCAACUGCCCGCGCUCGGUGGUGUCGUCGGCGAUCAUCUACUGCCUGCGCUCCAUGGUGUCGUCCGAGAUUCCGCUGAAUCAGGGCUGUCUGACGCCGAUCGACAUCCGCAUUCCCAAGGGCUCAUUGCUCGAUCCGUCCGAGACGGCGGCGGUGGUGGGCGGGAACGUGCUGACGAGCCAGCGCAUUACGGAUGUGGUGCUCAAGGCGUUCAACGCUGCGGCGGCAAGUCAGGGCGACACGAACAAUCUCACGUUUGGCCUGGGCGGCAAGGACAAAGAGGGCAACCAUGUCGAGGGUUUCGGAUACUACGAGACGAUCGCGGGCGGGUCGGGAGCGGGGCCGUACUGGCAUGGCACGUCGGGCGUGCAUACGCACAUGACCAACACGCGCAUCACGGAUCCCGAGAUCAUGGAGCGCAGGUACCCCGUGGUGUUGCGCGAGUUUUCGCUGCGCGAUGGAUCGGGUGGCGAGGGACGCUUCCGUGGCGGCGAUGGUGUUGUGAGGGACAUUGAGUUCCUCUCGCCAGGCAUUCAGGUGUCGAUCUUAAGCGAGCGCAGGGUGUUUGCGCCGUAUGGUCUCGAGGGCGGAGAGAGCGCCAAGAAGGGUCUCAACGUGUGGGUCAAGCAGCGCCGUCAAGCGGAUGGCGACGUGCGCGAGGGGGAAGAGGAGGGGGAGGCGCCGGCGCGUGUGAUCAAUCUCGGCGGCAAGAACACGACGCCCAUGGGACGGGGUGAUCGCAUCAUCAUCAAUACGCCCGGCGGAGGAGGUUGGGGCCGCAGGGAUGCAGAGCAGCAGGAUGGAGAGGAGAGGACGCCGAUCAACGAGCGCAAUGCAUCGGGCAGGAUGGCGCCGCUGCUCAACGAUGACAAGUCGCCGAGCGGUGUGAUUGCCGCGAGCCAGGUCAAGGAGGAUGCACGCGAUGUGCACAGUGUGCGCGCGCCGCACCAUACCACCAGAACCAAGGGUAGUGUGGCAGAGUGGAGCGCGAUCCAGCUGGGUGCCUAG